AUGGCAUCUACAAAUUCAUUUUCUGGUCAUAAUUAUGGAGUGCAAAUAGGGAGUAAUCCUGGCACGGUUAUUAAUACGUUCAGUGAAGACCCUCUGGACAAGCUACCAAUUGCGUGUGGAGCCGAGUUCAGCUCGUAUGCGGACCAGCAUGAAGAUAAUUGUCUUCCGGGCACUAGAACCGAGCUUCGUGAAACAAUUGCAGAAUGGGCUGUUUCGCCACAUGGAAAAUGUAUAUUUUGGUUAAAUGGCAUGGCAGGAACAGGAAAGUCUACCAUCGCCCGAACAGUCGCAAAGUCCUUUAAGGAGAAUGGGCAGCUAGGCGCGAGCUUCUUCUUCAAAAGGGGCGAAGCAGACCGUGGCAAUGCAAAACGACUAAUAUCAACUAUUACAAGACAGUUGGUAACCAGCCAUGGGGAUCUAGCACCCCUUGUCUCAAAAGCGAUUAAGAAUGAUCCAAAUAUUUCACAAAUCUCUUAG